UUUGUUAUUUUAUUAUUACACGUUAAAAUUAAAAUCAAUUAUGUUAAUUAAUAGGAAAACGUGAGACUGAGAAAAGAAUGCAUAUGUAGUGAAAAAAGUACUGAUUUAAAAGUAAUCAUAUUGAGGAACAAAACGAAAAAACAGUAAUUUCUCCUUCUUACCGUGUUUUGUGUUUUAACUGUGAUAAAAAAAAAUCAUCUCAUAUAAAUAAACGUAAGGAAAAAUAAAACAUGGAACACAUCAGACAAUUUGAUUGGUGUUACUCUGAGAAUGAGCAUUAUUUCGCAAACGAGAAUGAUCUAGACAACUGUGUGACAGAGAGGAUACUCAGUAAUAAAUUUCGAGACCCACUGAUAUCUAGUGAAUCAGAAGAUGAAAAGCCUACAUUCAAUUGGAAUGAAAUUUUGGCAAAGCAACAAAUGAAUAAUGCACAACAAAGAGUAUUUGUUCCUGGAUACCGUAACCAUCCACCUUACCCUAAACUCUCCGCACUAACGGGGACACAGCACUUUCAAUGUCUGAAGGUGCUUUGUGCUAAUAAUCCUGAUAUCUUACCAACUGAAUCAAUACCACGUCCAAGGAAUUUUGAUUACAAGGUUUUCCAAGAAGUACAAAAAGUAUACUUGGAGGAGCAAAAAGAAUUUUUAGAGUGGGCUAAAAACCUCUGGACAACAAACCACUGUAUAAGAGCUCUCAGACCGAAGCCACUUGUAGAAACAAUAUACGAAGCAGAGAUUGCGUUGAAGGCUAAAGAAAUGGAAUCAUUCCCCAAGAAUUAUACGAUGGCUGCACAAAUACCGUUAGAGUCAAGAAAUGACAAGUAUGAAAUGACCCAUGAACAAGAUAUAAUAAAAGUGGAUAUAAACAGCUUGCCUCAGAUACGCAACCCGCAGCCCAUCACCAACAAGCUGAGUAUCAUGGUACCGCAGGCGGUGCCGGAGCCCUGCAAUAAGCACCCCUGCAGGAUCAUACUACCAAACGAGUCGCGCACGACGAGCCUAGCUCUGCCGGAAGUGCACUGUGCGCUGGCGGAGCUGGCGGCGGCGCAGCGCGCGGCGUGCGUGGCCGCCGAGGACGCGCUCGCCGCGCUGCUGCAGCCGGACUCGCACUGGACGCUCUGUCUGUCUGUCUGCAAAGUCCUCACACCAGAGGGUGCCAGCAGUGUGCUCGUGCUGGGUAGCGAUGUGUACGCAGAGCGGCACUGCGCCCGCGAACGCACGCGCCUCGCCUUCACACACCUACUGCACCACGCACUAUUACCAGAAGAAGAGAAAGAAAAAUUAUAUUAUAAAAGCAAAGAAACACCAACGGACAAUACAGAAAACUGUUCAUAUAUGACUCAAGAUCUAGACGACUCCAGCGAUGAUGAACGCCCCUUAAUUAUAGUUGCAGAUGAAUUGCAAGCAAAUGCUGCAGAUGAAGGUGCCACUGGUAAAAAAUUGACUUCUCCGUCCGAUGAAAAUAGUACAAAUUCACAAAAUAAAGAAAACUGUGAUCUCUACAAAUGUACAUGUGAAGGUACGAUAUACGAGCGUCCUCCGCCGCGCUCCUUCACCAAGUGGCGUUUCAAGAGCCCCAGCAAUUCCGACAGCUUCAGUGUUAUUAUUCACUGCACACAUAAAUUAAGGGAGUCGUCAGGCGAGGUGUUGCUGGCGGCGCUACAAUACGUAAUAUGCGUAGUGCGUGUUGACGGGCAGUCGGGCGAGGUGGUGCGCGCGGAGCGCAGCAGCCUGCAGCAGCUGCUGGCGGAGCAGCCGGCCCCGCAGCCUGCGCACGCGCUGGGCGCCGCGCUGGCGCAGCUGCGGGGCCUGCGCGCCGGACACUACCUGCUCAAGCACGAGGUACAGUCGCCCACAUCCGCGGUGUUGCCUUUACAGAAACAUUACAACGGGACAACCACCGCCUCUUCUUAAAAAUAACAGUGUGUA